UGGCGAGAAAGGACUUUAUCUACACGCAGAUAAUUGCGGAGGUAAAUCUUGUUUUUACAUUAACUUAUGAAUAAAAAUAUUCAGCAUAUUCAUUGAUUAAUAAUACUAAAACAAGUAAUAUAAAGUUAUUUCCGUUCCUUUUUCUUGUUAACAGGUCAAAAUAAGAAUAGAUACACACUGGCGUAUCUUUGUUGGAGAGUAAACAGAGGGUUACAUGACACAUUCAAUUGAAUAUGGCUAUUUCCGGAUGUCUUGUCGAUGGUGGCUUCGGGCGAAUUAAAAAGCUAUUCAAGAGGUCUGAUUGUGAGAGUCUGAGUCAAUUUGCAGACAUUGUGGAUAAAUCGGCAAGGAACAAUUUCCCUGUUUUAUAUCGAAAUGAAAACAAUGAUCAAACAUGGAAAUGGUAUGACUGGAAGUCGUAUUUGACGCGAUAUUUCCUUCAAGUGAAAGGCAUACAGAAAUAUCACUGCUUCAGAUUUUCUGCUGCAGACAAGUCGGCUGUGUUUGUAAAGAAAAGAACAGAUAGCGAGCAGAUUAGAGUUCCGCUGAUAAGACGUAAUACUGAAGUUCUAACAACAACCUUUCCCGAGGUCAUACAGCCCGCAGGACUUGAAGUCGUACACGGCGCGAAUAUUUAUACCGUAACGUUAGAAAAUAUCUGCGUCCUGCAUACCAAGAUGCCACGUGCCCGGCAUACACUGAAGAGUGAUUCACGCUGCAUGCGUACAGACUGACUGAUGAAUUUUGUUAUUGUUUUCAAGUUCAGUUGUUACCAUUUUUUAUAAUUAAAGUUUUGCUAUUAAGUUUCUUAGGUUAUGACAGCAGGGGCCAAGUCUUAUAAUUAUAAAAUGUAAUUGUUUUACAUGUAUUAUUCAAGAAUACGAUAAUUUUGAAAAUAGUGUUAUAAAAUAGUUUUUAAAUUAUAUUUUAAUAUCUUACUUUUAUAUAUUUUAGUAUUAUUCUAGUAAGUGCAAAAUUAAAACUUUUGAAACACUUGACUUCAUUUGUUAUCUGCUAAACUACAUUUGACGUCGUCGUCAUAAUUAUUAUGACGUUACGUAAAUCUGUCGUUGACGUUGCAUUAAUGUCCUCUUUUAAACCUCUAUAUCUCAAAAAGUAUUUACAAUAUCAAUGUGAAAUAAAGUGCAUCGUGCACAAGAAUGCAUGUCCUAAAAUAUUAGCCAUAAAACUAAAAAUCGAUAAAAAAUGCCCGAGUGCCCUUUUUUCGUGGCGGCGGUCAUAUAAUAUAUUAAAAGGCUAAAUCAGGUAUGUUAUAUAGAAUAUGAAAUGUUAAAUUAGGUGUGUUAUAUAGAAUAUGAAAAGGCUAAAUAGGUAUAUUAUAAAGAAUUUGAAAAGGCUUAAUAAUGUUUGUUAUAUUCAUGUAGAAUAUGAAAAGGCAAUACCUGGUCAGGUAUGUUAUAUAAAAUAUGAAAAGGCUAGAUAUCAGGUAUGUAAUAUAAAUUUUGAAAGGUUGAAUUAGGUAUGUUAUAUUAUAGAAUGAAAGGGCUCAAUAAGGUAUGUUAUAUAAAAUAUGAAAAGGCUAAAUCAGGUAUGUUAUAUAGAAUAUGAAAAGGCUAAAUCAGGUAUGUUAUAUAAAAUAUGAAAAGGCUAAAUCAGGUAUGUUACAUAGAAUAUGAAAAGGCUAGAUCAGGUAUGUUAAAUAGAAUAUGAAAAAGGUAAAUCAGUUAUGUUAUAUAAAAUAUGAAAAGGCUAAAUCAGUUAUGUUAUAUAGAAUAUGAAAAGGCUAGAUCAGGUAUGUUAUAUAGAAUAUGAAAAGGCUAAUCAGGUAUGUUAUAUAGAAUAUGAAAAGGCUAAAUCAGGUAUGUUAUAUAGAAUAUGAAAAGGCUAAAUCAGGUAUGUUAUAUAGAAUAUGAAAAGGCUAAAUCAGGUAUGUUAUAUAGAAUAUGAAAAGGCUAAAUCAGGUAUGUUAUAUAGAAUAUGAAAAGGCUAAAUCAGGUAUGUUAUAUAGAAUAUGAAAAGGCUAAAUCAGGUAUGUUAUAUAGAAUAUGAAAAGGCUAAAUCAGGUAUGUUAUAUAGAAUAUGAAAAGGCUAGAUCAGGUAUGUUAUAUAGAAUAUGAAAAAGGUAAAUCAGGCGUGUUAUAUAGAAUAUGAAAAGGCUAGAUCAGACAUUUUAUGACUAUGAAAAUUCAAAAUCAGGCAUGUUAAGGCAAUAUCAGGUAUGUUAUAUAGAAUAUGAAAUGGCUAAAUUAGGUAUGCUUCAUAUGCAAUAUUAUAAUGCUAAAACAGGU